UUUACUUGGUGACGUCGCCGGUGGAAGGGGAAAUUUUGCAGCUCCUGUUCACAAUGGCAGAAACUCUCAACCACAAUCACCACCGCAUGCCAGCCCACGAAUAAAUAAAUAACAGAACUACGAGGAUUUCUGGAUAUCGACACUCGCUGCAUUUACAGCUGUUAUAUUCAUUUGGCUUUUGCGCACACGGCUAAAUCAUCGCCAACCCUCCGCUUCCCCCUCGACGUUGACAUUUAGCUAAGGACGUAGCCAUUCGAUAAAUGGAUAGGUUCUAUUGGGAUAUGCGCACGUAAUAUUUCGAUUUGGAAUCAAACACACGCAUUUUACGUCAGGAAGAGACUCGCACUAUAUUCUAAAUACGUCCUCGACUUCUGAUCGACAGGUCAACAAACACAAUUGCGGUUCCUCAAAGUAUGAGAGUGAUUUUGCUAGCUCUUGUCAAAAGCCCUGUAUUUUGAGCUGCCAGAUAAUGGCUCGUCCUUUUCCCUACACGUUCAUAUCGUGUCCCUGCGCAGAGACGCCGAGCACUCCUGCGCUCCCUACAAACAGGCUCUCAAGGGACCUUUCAAAUAUCACACUUAGCGGUCAACGACUAGACCCCGAUACCGAUGACGAAGACCGAACCUUUGAUCCGAGAUCAUCUCGAGCGAAUUACUCUCUUUACCCCCCUGAACAUCUAUUGUACUGCGAGGAUUGCCAUCAAAUAAAAUGCCCAAGAUGCAUAACGGAAGAGAUAGUAUGUUGGUACUGCCCAAAUUGCUUGUUUGAAACACCAAGCAGUAUGGUUAGGAGCGAAGGGAACAGGUGCGCGCGCAAUUGCUUUAACUGUCCAAUAUGUACCUCACCCCUAUCGGUCACAACUCUUGGGAGCGCCGACAAUGGAGCCCAGAACGGACCUUGGAUACUGUCAUGCGGAUACUGCAUGUGGACAACUCUUGAUAUUGGAAUCAAAUUCGAUAAGCCAACCAACAUUCGUGCUCAGCUUACCUCAUUAAGUAAUGGCCAAAACCGCAGCUCCCCUGAAAUUAAAUCCCCCCUGGCAAACCUCACCUCUCCGGACGACGGAACAGGCCUUGAUUCUCAAGAUGAAAGAUUGGCUGGGACUGCUUUUUCAGAAGAAAAGCCAGCAACGAUUGACCCAGAGUCCCGUUUCUCUGCUCUGAAGUCAUUUUACAGAAACCAGUUAACGGAAACAUCAACAUCUCCGACAGAUCCCCUGGUUGGACCCGAACUAGGAGGUUUUUAUUCUUCUCCAAGUGCGUUAAACCGUAUCAUGUCGCUCUACACUGCAGGAAUUGGCAAUCUUCAUGGCGCUGGUAGCAAAAAGCCUAAGUCAAAACCACCAGUGAUGCGCGAGGCCCUCACACCCGCAGAAGGCCUCCACAUACCUGAUCCUAACACUGAACAAGCAAUCAUCCAAAAAAUGGCUUCCCCGGACUGUGGUUGGGACGGCCUUGCGUCUGUGGAGCAAAAGGUCUCCCAACCCCCUUCUACAAGAUUUGUCGAUGAGUUACGUCCUCUCCCCGUCCUCCUUCGCACCAAGAGAUCAAAACGCUGCAAAGCGUGCAAACACAUCCUCGUCAAACCCGAAUUCAAACCACAGUCAACCCGCUUCCGAAUCCGUCUAAUAGCCCUCAGCUACAUUCCACUCACGAUCAUGCGUCCUUUACCUCCAUUUCCCGCGAGCUCCCCCCCGGUAAACCUCGACGCCCUCGAACCCGGUAGACCCGUGCAAUUCCUCAUCACCCUAAAAAACCACAUGUUCGACCCUAUCCGUAUCACCCUAGCUACCCCAUCAGUAACCCCCGGCCGUGUCGAGUCAAAGGUUACGAUGCUUUGCCCGCAAUUUGAAGUGGGUGCCAACAGCGAUGUCUGGGACGAAGCUCUGGCAUCAUCGGCAGCGCAAGACCCGCGCUCUUCCAGAUCAGGACUGGAUAAAGUCGCCGAAGCAGGAAAGAUAUGGGAUAAGGGAAGGAACUGGACGACCGUGGCCAUGGAGGUUGUGCCGGGGUCGCUUCCUGAUUUAGCUCCUGGCGAGGAGGAUGAGGACGAGGAGAGUGAUGUGACUGGAAUGGAAGAAGAUGAAGAUGUUAUUGAGAUUCCGGUGUUUGUGCGGGUGGAGUGGGAGGCUGAAGGUGGUGCAGAGGACCUGGGUAUGAGACCUGAUACAAGGAGGCAGCAGGAGGCGGAGAUGGUGAAGAGGGAACUGGCUUAUUGGAUGGUGCUAGGGAUUGGGAGGAUUAAACGGGCUGGACACGGGCAUCGCCACUAGCUACGCUUGGUUCCAGACACACCACUGUCCUUUUCCCGUUCUUGAAUUUUCGUUACUUUUUCUUCCGGACUUGUUCGACAAGAUACCUAACUUUCUGUUUACUCCCGUGCCUCGCAUAUUAUACCACCUUCCACUUCUUGUAUGCGAUACCAGAUUGGCGGUAUUACAAUCCCCAACCAUCUUUAAUUUUGCAUUUGCAUCCGUUUGUACCCUGUGCGCCCCGCUAGUCGCAUUCCUUUCAUUUUUGUGCAGGUCCAACGUCGCAAAUUGUGGCCAAAGGUACGGAAGAACGGUGCCAAGGACAGCAACACCUCUUUUCGUUCAGGUAUCAUCCUCAAAUUCCUCAAGACUCGUGAAUGUAUUUUCCGUACAGUUAAGGAAGCUCGUUUAUGUAAACAACACGCAGGAGAGAGAUAUCGUAGGUGAGAGGGCGGAUAAAAAACAUGAUAUAUAAAAGGAACAAAAGAAAAAAAAAAAAGCGUAACAUAAAACUGCUAAGAUUGCGGAAACCCAUCGCUUUAUUUCCCAUUCAAAAACGACAAAGUUUUCCGAACUUAUUAUUUUAUUUCAUUGCCCCUUUCCUUCCCCCAUGACCGGAGAAAAAAGGAAAAGAAAAAGCAACAAAUAAGACCCCAGCGUUCCACACCGACCCUGCUCCCCAGACCUGUUUCCCGCACCUACAUCCUAUUUAAAGAACCAAGCGCGAGAAAAAAGAGAAGAAAAUUUAACUUUAACAUUUUUAUUUUCUUUCCGCUCAGACCUCUAAAACUCCGUAGCACUGCUUUGCGGGAACUCGAAUCUGACACCACGUCCCGUCAAUCUCCGGUAGACCUCGCCAUAUGCAUCGAGGCGGUGGUCGACACCGCCACGCUCCUUCUCGUGCAGGAUAACCUUGAGCACCUUGGUGCCGUCCUCCUUUGUUCGCAGACGCUUGCCAACGAUCUCGACGGGGUAGACGAUGUCGGUAAGGAUAGCCUCGUGGACAGCGGUGAGAGUGCGGGAGCGGGGGCGCUUCUGGGUCUGGGAGGUGCGAGAGCGGGCGGAGCGCUUGGGGCGCGGGAGAAUGCGGCGGGAAGCGAGGAUCAGGACAUGGCGGUCAGAGAACUUCUUCUCGAGUUCACGGGUAAGGCUAUAUUAGGAAGUCGGGUUAGUGGGUUGAGCUUGAGUUUUGUGGACUGGUUGGAUAUGACUUUGCGAAUUGUCUUAGCGACGAAGAGAUUGGAUGUUGUCAUACCGUUGCUGGACCUUGUGGAAGCCCUGGAGGAGGGGGACUGGGACAAAGAUGACAAUAGCCUUCUUUCCGUGGCCGACUUCGAUCUAUAUUAUUCGAGCACACAUAUCAGUAUAUGAUAUUCAAGAUUCACGUUCUUUCUUCAGUCCAUAUCCAUGUCGAAAUUGCUCUCCACGCCCAAUUGCUGUUCUUUCUCUCUCACGCAAAAAAUAUUCGAUUUUCCACGUUUGUCCAAAUAAUCCUUCUUCCCUUCCUCUCACAAUCCCUUUGCGAAGAUGGCCCUAUAUAUAUACCCUCCCCACCAUUCGAAUGCCCCAACCAUAUCGCUCCUGAGGAAUCAACAGGAAAAAAACUCGCAUUCAAUUCCUUACCUCACGAGCAGAGACAAACUGCAAGGGUCUGAGGGCGGCCUUCAGAUCGGGAGUGUUGGUUUCCAGGUCCGAGAGAGCACCUGCGAGGGAGGUCUCAAGCUCGGAAGGGUUUUGCCGCGAAGGGCUGUUGGCCGCGAUCUUGUUGAGAGCAGCCAUGAUUGCAGACAACGGAGGGGAUGGGGAGAGCUGUUGCUGCUGCUGUCUUUCCUUGAGUCGGUAGGGAGAAGGAAAGUCGUUGGGAAGUUGGCGGUCGUCGGAGGGUUGAACGGUCGAGAUAGGACUUUUGCGCUGCCGUUUCUGUCGUUCGUCGCUGUAAUUUUCGUGGGUGUGGGAUCGGAGGCUCGGCAGCUCGCUUAGCGGACUGCGCUUUUUCAUAUGCAGUUAGAGAUUUGCUAUUUACGGCCUAGUGUCAUCCCGUGACUCUGCUCGCCCUGGAAUCUCAACGUCAACUCCUUGGGAAUGUGACAACCACACCCAUUGAUCGCAUUUCAUGAUUUUGGAUAAUUAAUAAGUGAUAUACUAUUACAAGAUGGAUAUGGCAUUAUUCAACCUAUUCACGAAACUAUCUAUCACGAGAAAAUCCAUAUCCGCAACGAAGAUUCCGCCUUGAACUUCAAUGAAUAUCACCGAGGACGGCCAUCCACAGCAGGUAGUUUGCAUGCGCCUAACACUGCCCGCGUGUAUACUUCACAUGUAUAUAUGUGAUUCUUCUCUGGCCCUAUAUCCUAAUUAGAAAAUUUUGGCAUGUCAUACAUGUCGUCAGGAUCUACCAUCUUAUUAGCUUGGGCUGCUCUAAUACAUGGACCGUUUAUUCAAAGAUGGCGAGGGAUAAACUUACCCUUGUGGUGCUGCAGGAUAUACUUCCUCGCCUCAUUCACAUCGUGGUCAAACUCAGAAAGCAACUCUUGUCUCCUUAUCGUAACAUCCUCGACCCUAAUGGCACCGCCACGAACUGCAGCCUGAGCAACAUGGAAUCGAGAAACUCGGUUGGCCAACAUCAUAUCAAAUGGUGUCGUGGUACUUCCCUCUUCCAUAUAUGACGCAAUUGUAACCCGUUCCAUAUUUGGUCUUCCAAAGAGAAGUCCCUUCAUUUCGGUCUCGUAUCCAUGAUAAUUGAAGUGGAUCGGACGCUCGCGUGUGAAGAGAGCGCUGAAUGCUUCGUCUGACAGGGCAUGCGGGUGGCUCGUCUCCCUGCUAAGGAUCAUUAAAUCCAUUACAUUAACUACGCGCACACGCAGCUCUGGAACCCGUUCUCUAAGUAGAGCGGCUGCCCGGAUGACUUCGAAUGUGAGUUCAGUACCGAUACCAAUGAGAACCACAUCUGGAUCCCUCCCUUCGUCGGUAGACGCGAAUUUCCAAACCGAACCACCACCGCGACAGUGCCUUUCUGCUUUAUCCGGGCUCAAAAAUACAGGCGUGGGCUGCUUGGACCCAACCAUGAGAUUGAUAUAGUUCUUGGACUUCAAGCGAUGGUUUAGCGUAGAAAGGGAUGUGUUUGCGUCCAGUGGUAGGUAAACGCGGUCCGCGUUUGGUUUUAGAUUCAACACUGCCGAAAUGAACGAUGGGUUUUGAUGCGAAAAUCCAUUGUGCUCUUGCCGAGUCCAGGUGCUUGUCUCGAUGUAGUUGUUACUAGCAAUGUCUCGGCGCCAUGAGGUCUCUAGGCCCUGUACACAUAGUCAGGCGCAUGUCCACAUGACAUGUCUCUGGACUUGUAAUAAGGACAAAAUUAUGGCUUACCAUCUUAUUAGUGAACUUGCAAAAUUGAACCAUCAUUGUAUGAAUGAUGCCAAGGAAACUCUCAUACGAAGGAAAUAUACCCACUCGACCGUCAAUGUGUACCCUGCAAAACCCCUUGGCACAUAUGCUCGCUCAAUACUUCAAUUACACGACCAACCCUGGGCGUUGGCGAUCUUGGUCCCACUGGCAGUUCCUUCCCGUGUGUGCCAGCGUACCACCAAGUUUAUUACUCUCCAGCUCGUCUGGUGAAAACAACCUGACAGAGUGAGGAUUAUCGACGAAAACUUGAUCAAUAAACUCAGCGAUGGCUUUCAUAGAACUUUCCUGCUUGCCCUUCUCGAUUCCAAAUUUCUUCCAAUUGGGCAGUUUGGGUGCCUUGUACGAUUCAUAAACCUCACUUCGCUGCCCCAGCUUUUUCAGGUCAUUUCGAGGGAUGAUUGCAUUGAUAUCAUCAGUCAAACCACCACCUUCUGUAAAUAGUUCCUGCGGCUUAUACGAUGAGAGCCAUUCGUUCAGUGUCUUUAAUUCUUCCUGGUCCUUCUUGGCGGCGGGAAGAGGGACUUGGUGGGCAUUGAAAGAACCUUCAACAAUUUGACCAUGGAUUUGUUUUGGACCGGUCCAUCCCUGAAGGAUACACGUUAACAUUUUAAAACAAGACAUAAGAUAUUUCUCUGAUCCGGGUGACUAACCUUCGGAGUUCGCAGAAUCAAAACAGGCCAACGAGGUUUCAUGAUCGGAUUUCCCGAACGAGCAGCCUUCUGUAUUUCGCGGAUUUCAGCCAAUGCCCAUUCCAAAGCUGCAUUAAAAUCGGCAUCAAUAUGUUUCAUAUCGUCGAUAAUUCGUGGUUGAUAGCCAUAUCCGACAAACAAAGCAAUAAGCUCGCGAUCAUCCAUGCAUCCGAAUAUAGUUCGUGCACUAAUUUUAAAUCCAUUGAGAUGAAGAAUAGGCAAUACUGCUCCUGAUUCUGCGGGGUCAAUAUAUUCGAAUCCGUGCCAGGACCCUUAAGAGUAAAAUUCUGCUUCGCCGUCGCCGAUGAUACAUGCGACAAUCAAAUCCGGCUUGUCCAUGACCGCCCCAAACGAAACGGAUAGAGCGUAUCCCAAUUCGCCGCCUUCGUGGAUUGCUCCUGGAGUUUCGGCAUUGAUAUGACUGUCGGAAAUGUCAACAUCGUCACAGAUAAAUCAGCCAUCAAGGGGGUUUUCAGAGAGAGAGAUAUUUCAACCUUGAAAAUCCGCCUGUGGUACUGAACGUCGUGAUCAGCUUCGUAAGGCCCUUUGUGUCUCGGCUAUAGUCUGGAUAAAAUCUCUCCAAAGAACCUUCCAUCCAGAGCGCUGUUAGGAUUGCCGGUGCACCGUGGCCUGGCCCCACGACGUAUAUCAUGUCAAGGUCAUGUUUGCAUAUCAAGUAAUUCAGGUGGGAAUAGACGAAGGUCAGUCCUGGGCAGGUUCCCCAAUGACCUGUUCAGAUAUAUGUCAGCCAGGGUACAGUUGCUUGAAACAAACGUAAAUCUUAACACACCUAAUAAUCUCGGCUUAAUAUCAUCAAAUUUCAGCUCCCG